CAGCUCGCCUUAAGAAAUAUCCUGUGGGUCUCCUCUGCUCUGCCUGCCCCAUACCUUGGAGGCAUUCACUAUCAGCCCAUCUGCAAGCAGAAGGGGAAUAGGCCCCACUGGCCCUCGUGGUGCCUCUGCACCCAGCUGAUGUGUGUGGUGUACCAAAAACAGCACCACAAAUGGUGCAGCACAGGGGAGAAGGCAAGCUCACUACUAGCUGUGGGUUGACUACUCCUUUGCCCUUUGGUGCUCAAGGAUUACACUCCUAAAAGCAUACAUGGGUUUGCCAGGGUUCUCAGUCCCAGGUGCCUGAAUGAAUAGGUGAAUCAGAGGGAAAUGUGAGAGGCAAACACUGCUGAAAUCAUUUAUGGGUUCUACAUGUGGGAGAGCCCACAUCUUAUUUGUGUAUUAAUAGUUCGUGUUAUUUGUGUAGUAAUAGUUCAUGUAUUUGGUAUAUGAAAGCUCACUUUAUUCAAAUACAUUUCUUCUAGUCUAGCAACAAAACACCAAUAAUAAUGUGGUAAAGCCUUUCUGUAUGGCUGAAACUAUAGAGACCAAAAUUUGUAGCAUGGAAGAUGAUUUGUAGUUGGUUUGAUCAGUGACAUCAAGCAGUGAGUUUUGGGAAAACACUGAAGUCCAUAUCCAACCAUAAUUUUGUCCCCAAGCAGCUCCAUUAAGUCAAGAUUUUUAAUUUUUUGUUUGUUACUGUGUUUAUACUGAAGGGAAGCCCUAUUUUUCCAGAAGAUACUGAGCCAGGCAUCCCACAAAGGGAGCAUCUAAUCCCUUCCCAUGGUGCACACAUUAUAAUUUGAGUUCUGUGUGGACAUGAGGUACGAGCCAUGGUACAGACGAGCAGGCAGAGUGCAGGGAGAGGCGUGCUGCAGCCCCACAGGGAGGCACACAGCAGCCUUGAGAAAAGUCUUGUACAGCCAUCAGCAGGAGAUAAAAAAAUAAGCUGGAGUUAUCACUACCCUCCCAAAGCAUUUGUGUAUAGCUAAGAUAUAAUUUCCUGUACAGUCACACACAUCAUUGCAUAGUGCCAUGAACUUUGCUCUUAUCAGCAUCCUGAUGGGAAAGCUGGGAUUAUUUACAGUAGGGCUUGUUUCAGUGUUCCAAACUUCUUUUCGGUUAAAACAAAGAGCAAAUUAAAUAUAAAAUAGAUAAGUAGGGAAAGUGAAAUUGAUUGUCCAAAACUGAGGUAUGAUAGGCACAGGAAACUUAAGGCACUUCCUCUAGAUUACCUUCUUUUCUGUGUGUUAGAUACAUGAAACUUAUUUUAAAAACUGGAUAACUGAAUAAUUUAUGUGUAGUGAAGCAGCAAUUUUAAAAGACCCAAAAACCCCCCCAACCCCAGCACAUGCUUCAGGUUUGCUUUUUAUUACAGAAGUAUAGUACAGUUAUCACUGUUAGUACCAAUACUGAAAAUUAACUUCUGCUUCAGUCCCUUCCAUGAGGAUUUAGGGUUUUGUAUGGUGUACACUAUGGAUAUAGUAUAUAAAAAAGGAGUCCAAGAACUACAAAACACCUUUGGACAACUUCAGUCCGUCUCUUGAUCUCAGAUCUUCAAAGUUUCCUCAUUUGAGGUUUGGGGACUUGGAUCCUUUUCUCUCUGCCUGCUUACUGACCUUGAUAAAAGAUUUUUAGUCUAACACAUGUUUAGCAGCCCUGGGAUUCCCUCCCAAAUGACACUAAAAAUAGCUUUACAGGGAGCAGGAUCAAAUUGUGCUGGACUACACUGUACCUGGCAGCCAGCUACUGCUGAACUGCAUGCUGUGGGCAGGAUCAGGAAAUAUUUUUAAGUAUGUAUAUGUAUUUUUUUUAUAUAUGUUAAUUUUUUUUUCUGCAGUGAUGACAUGCUCAAGAAGCAGAUGUACUGAAAUACAGAAAGGUACACUUCUACAUAGGAAAGGCCAAAUUAUGUCAGUGCUGAUGCUCCUGGCAGCGCGGAGCCGUCGCGGGUCCCACUGACAGCGAUGUAGAGGUGGUGCUGGCAGAGACCAAGAAGCCCUGCGACAUGGAGGAGCUGUACAAGGAUGCCCCCAACCUGCCUAUGGAUGUCACCAACUCACCCUCGGCGAUGGCCAACAACAAGCUGGAAAACGGGGUGGCUCAGCUGAUCACAGCAGAGGCUUGGAACAUCAACUCGGCCGACCUGAUGAAGAAAGCCCUUUCCCCGCUGGUGACAGUCCCUGCGUCCUCCAUCCUGACGCCACCGGCCGAGUCGCAGAGCGGGGUGGCGCUGAAGGUGGCGGCCACCGUGCUGCAGCCCAUCUGCCUGGGGGACAGCCCCGUGGUGCUGCCCAUCCACCUGCAGGUCGCCGGCAGCGCAGCCCCACAAAUGCCAGCCGCCAAUGCCGCCACCCCCUACGUGAUGACAACGCAGGGCCCGGUGCCGCUGCCCGUGCUCCUGGAGCAGCACGUCUUCCAGCACCUGAACUCGCCCCUGGUGCUGCCCCCGGGCGCCGCCUGCCCCGCCAGCCCCCUGCACGCCGGCCUCUUCCCCGGCAGCGCCGCCCCCGUGGGGCAGCCCCAGCUGCUGGACCCCAAGCCCGCCGGCCAGGCGCAGGAGCCCGUCCUGCCCCCGGUCUUUCAGACGCCGGGGUUCGCCGCCGUCCUUCAGGACCUGUUUCCCUCACAGGGCGCGCUGGGCUCGGCCCCCUGUCAGCCGCCGCCCGACUACGCCACGCUCCCUCCGCAGGCCUUCAGCUCGCCCCUGUCCCCGCUGGUGCCGCCGGCUACGCUGCUGGUGCCCUACCCCGUCAUCGUGCCCCUGCCCGUCCCCAUCCCUAUCCCCAUCCCUGUCCCCAUCCCUGUGCCCCACGGCGCCGAGGCCAAGGCGGCCGCUGACCCGCCCAAGCCGCCGCUCUUCACCCCCCACUCCUGCAAGGGCACCCAGACGCCCCUGGAGAAGGAGGAGACGAAACCCUUCGAACUUGUCCACCCACGGGAGUUUCCGCAGCUGAGCCGCCACACUGUCAUCAAGAUGGGCGGCGAGAACGAGGCGUUGGACCUGUCCAUGAAAGGGCCGCCGGCGCUCCGGGCCAGCGAGGCGGUGCCGCCGCCGCCGCCACCCGAGGACGGGGCGCUGGACCUGUCCCUCGCCUCCUGCCGCAAGCCGGGGGCGCCGCACGGGGAGGCGGCCGGCCCCGGCCCUGCCACCGCCGCCGAGGUCGGUGCCCACCCCGCCCCGGACAAGCUCCCCGGGCCGGCCGCCCCCUUCGGGCCGUGCAAGGCCGCGGAGGCGGCGGGCAAGGCGGAGGGCAGGGCCGCGGGCGGCGCGGCCGAGCUGCUGCGGCAGCCGCAGAAGUGGCUGGUGGAGCAGGCGGGCAGGGCGGGCUGCGAGCCCAAGGCCGGCAACAACAUCGAGAUCGUCAGCACAUCGCAGACAGCCAAAGUCAUCGUCUCCGUCAAGGAUGCCGUGCCCACCAUCUUCUGCGGCAAGAUCAAGGGCUUGUCGGGGGUCUCCACCAAAAACUUUUCCUUCAAAAGGGACCUGCCCCAGGACUCGGUGCUGCAGUGCUACGAUGUGAAGAGCCCGCCCGAGCCCCGGGACAGCGCAGAGGCCCUCAGGAAACCCGUCAAAAACAGGAGCGUAAAGCUAAAGAAAAUGAACUCGCCGGAGAUACAUAUUCUUCCAAUCAAGAAGCAACGGCUGGCUGCCUUUUUUCCAAGAAAGUAAAUUAUGGGUUUUUAGAAUUUUAAGAUUAUUAUGAGAAGAAGAAAAAAUAAUAAAAAAAAAAAGAUGCACUCGGUUUUAAACUCAUUUAAAACUUUAAACUAUCUUUGUAAGUUAUUUUUGGGGGAAGAGGGAGAGGAUUGGAUGUAGAGGCCCUAUAAGCUGGGUUGGUUUGGUUUUUUCUUUUGUUUUUGGAUUAUUUUUUUUUUUUGUUACCAAAUUUUGACUUUUCAUGGGAAACUGAAUAAAAAGCAACCUAUUUUUCAAGCAGAUUGCACAUUUUGCAGCUUUAAUGGAGUAAUGGAUGAGUCAGAGGGGUAAGAGCUAUUUUCACUGCCAUAAAGUGCUUUGAUGAUGUAACUCUUCAUAACAGUUGGAAUGGAAAUUUCAAAAUAAAUGUUUGUACGUGCUAA